AUGUUUAAUGUCCUCUUCCCUGUACCUGCAGGUGAAUUAAUCGGGGAUAGAUGCCUGGAGGAUCAUGUUUCCAACAUAUUUAAGACCGCUAGCCAUUUCAACGCUAUACUUCUUGUGGACGAAGCCGAUGUCUUUUUGCAUGGGCGCUCUGUCGGCGGAGUCCACGAUCAUUCCGUGACGGUCUUCCUCCGCAAACUUGAAUAUUUUGAGGGGGUUUUGUUUCUCACUACAAACCGUGUCGACGAAUUUGAUGAUGCUAUCCUCAGCAGGAUCCAUUAUAAGCUGAAGUAUGAGGCUUUGGGCCGGGAAUUCCGGAGAGAUGUCUGGAGGAGUUUCCUUUCAAAGUCGUGCACGCAUCAGGGAAGCCCGCAGCUGUCCAGUGAUGAGCUGCAUAAACUGGAGGGUUUGGACCUCAGUGCCCGAGAGAUCAGAAACCUGGCUAUGAUCGUCCAUGCACUCACCACUGUCAGUAAAGAUCGUGUGUCUUACACCCAUCUGGAGCAGGCCGCGGAAUCGAACGAGGAAUUCGCGCACGCAUUCAAUCGCACGGAGCGUCUCGAGACCAUGUACAAUUAG